GCGGAGGAGGCGGCGGCGGCGCAGGGAAAUUUCCUGCCUGGCCGCGGCCGCCGCCGCCUCGGGCCGGACCGACACCGCCUGGCCGCGGCCGCUCGGGGCCGGACCGACACCGCCUGGGCGUCCCGCGGCCGCUCGGGGCCGGACACAGACCGCCUGGCCGUCCCGCGGCCGCUGCGCGGGGACGCCGCGGGACCCGCCGCUGAGGUCCAGGAUGGAACAUUCUUGCUCGCUCCUGCUGCUCUGUGUUAGUUUUCUACCCACACGAGCUUUGCCACCCAAUGGAACUGAACUGCCAAAACCAACAACAACAACAAACUCCACAGAGGAGAACAACUUACACAAGGACCUGCUGACCUCAAUGCUCAUCCUGCUCCUGGUCUUCAUCAUUUUCAUUGUGUUGGCUGGCUAUUUUUUCAGGUUCAGAAGACAUAGGAAAGCUGUUGUGACCUCUGGGGACAAAAAGAUGCCAAAUGGGAUCUUAGAAGAACAAGAACAGCAACGGGUCAUGCUGCUCAGCAGGUCUCCCUCGGGCCCAAAGAAGUAUUUCCCUAUUCCAGUGGAGAGCCUGGAGGAGGAGAUCCGGAUGCGCUCGGCAGACGAGGGGAAGCUCUUCCGCGAGGAGUUCAACUCAUUAACACCUGGAUAUGUGCAGGGAACAUUUGAAAUGGCAAAUAAAGAAGAAAACAGGGAGAAAAACAGAUACCCUAACAUCCUGCCAUAUGAUCAUUCCAGAGUGAUUUUGACCCAAGUCGAUGGAGCCCCAGCUUCAGACUACAUCAAUGCAUCCUACAUAGAUGGUUAUAAAGAAAAGAAUAAAUUCAUAGCAGCACAAGGGCCGAAGCAAGAAACAGUUAAUGACUUCUGGAGGAUGAUCUGGGAGCAGAAGUCAUCCAUUAUCGUCAUGUUAACCAACCUCAAGGAAAGAAAAGAGGAGAAGUGUUACCAGUACUGGCCUGACCAAGGCUGCUGGACCUACGGGCACGUCCGGGUGUCGGUGGAAGAUUGCAUCGUGCUGGUGGACUACACCGUCCGCAAGUUCUGCGUCCAGUCCCUUCAGGACGGCUGCAAAGCUCCCAGGCUCGUCACGCAGCUUCACUUCACCAGCUGGCCAGAUUUCGGGGUGCCCUUCACACCCAUUGGCAUGCUGAAAUUCCUGAAAAAGGUCAAAACGUUGAAUCCUGCCCAUGCUGGACCCAUUGUUGUUCACUGUAGCGCCGGCGUGGGUCGCACGGGCACCUUCAUCGUGAUAGAUGCCAUCAUAGACAUGAUGCACGCGGAGCAGAAGGUGGAUGUGUUCGAGUUUGUUUCAAGGAUCCGUAAUCAGCGUCCUCAGAUGGUUCAGACUGACAUGCAAUACUCCUUCAUUUACCAAGCCUUACUUGAAUACUACCUCUAUGGUGACACAGAGUUGGAUGUGUCAUCCUUAGAAAAACACCUCCAAACGUCACACAGCGCAGCACCCAACCUCGUCAAAACAGGGCUGGAAGAGGAGUUCAAAAAGUUAACAAACGUUCGGAUCAUGAAAGAGAACAUGAGGACUGGCAACCUUCCAGCCAACAUGAAGAAAGCUCGAGUCAUCCAGAUUAUCCCAUAUGAUUUUAAUAGAGUGAUUCUGUCGAUGAAGAGAGGGCAGGAGUACACAGACUACAUCAACGCCUCCUUCAUAGAUGGCUAUCGCCAGAAGGAUUACUUCAUUGCCACCCAGGGCCCGCUGCCGCACACCGUGGAGGAUUUCUGGCGCAUGGUGUGGGAGUGGAAGUGCCACACCAUCGUCAUGCUCACGGAGGUGCAGGAGAGGGAGCAGGAGAAAUGCUGCCAGUACUGGCCAUCAGAGGGCUCUGUGACUCACGGAGACAUCACGGUGGAAAUAAAGAGCGACAGCCUCUUAGAUGCCAUAAGCGUAAGGGACUUCCUAGUUACCUACAGUCAGGGUAACCAGGAGAAGCAAAGCAGACUCGUCCGGCAGUUCCAUUUCCACGGGUGGCCAGAAAUUGGGAUUCCCGCCGAGGGAAAGGGGAUGAUCGACCUGAUCGCAGCCGUCCAGAAGCAGCAGCAGCAGACAGGCAACCACCCCAUUACUGUGCACUGCAGUGCUGGCGCUGGCAGAACAGGCACCUUCAUAGCACUCAGCAACAUUCUGGAGCGAGUGAAGGCUGAGGGGCUCUUAGAUGUGUUUCAAGCUGUGAAGAGCUUAAGACUGCAAAGGCCACAUAUGGUGCAAACACAGGAGCAGUAUGAAUUCUGCUACAGAGUGGUACAAGAUUUCAUUGACAUAUUCUCUGACUAUGCCAAUUUCAAAUGAGAAGCCCUGCCUUAGUUUUUAAUUUGCCUGUAUAAAUAGUUGUACAUUCUGUUAAUUUAUUCCAUGGCGUUUCCGUGGUUGUCUUUACUGUAAAUACGACCUCAUGGUUGCUCUAAAAGUUGCAUUGGCUGUAUAAAGUUAUUUCUUUAAUAUAAAUAUCUUCUAAAGCAAAAUAUAAUGUUCAUAUACAGUAUAUCACUAUGAGCUGGUGUAGAGAUCUUUAUUCUAAGUAACAGUAAAUUAAUUCUGGAGGCUCUGUGCCUUUGAAUUUUGCCACUUAUAAAUAUGUAUCAAUAACGUUAUCUCCCAGUUCUUGACACUUUACACAGUUGAUUUACUUUCCAUACUAAACCCCCUGAAUUGUGGUACAGAUGUUUAAGCUGAACAUGAUUUGGCCAUAAACCUUUCUUCCCUCUGAAAACGGCUGUUUGUUUGGGGACACAUCCUGAUAACCUGCUCGUGUUUACUUGGAAUUUAUUGCACAGUUAGAGUCUCAGUGAAGGUAUUAACGACAAGGUAUCAGAGUGUGGCCCUUCAUGUAUAAUAAUGAAAAAUACAACUGCUUUGGAAGUCUGGGUUUAAGAACCUCCAAGGCUGACAGCAGCCCUGUUUGGAGUCGUGCUGUCGGUAGGAGGUAAUCAGGCGAAAUACAGAUUGGGAUUUUUGAUUUAAUAUAGCUUUCAAAGUCCUUUUCUUUUCUUCUUCCCUAAAUAUUACACCAGCUUAAAUCAAUUUAGAAAGACAAUAAUGUGAGUUUACCACUAUUUUGAGACUAUUUUGCAUAUCAAAAGAGUAUAUUUUGCAGCACCUGAAGUUGUCUACUUGAAGAGGCUUUAUAGCUACUGUCAGAAAUGGAUUUACAGCUUCUCUGUACACUCGUGCAUCAUCUCCCACUUCUCUGAGAAAAGGCAAAAGAGACAAACUCUUGUUCUUUGAUUCAACUCAGCAGAAUAAUUGCCAGCGUUUGCUAAAGGACACUUUACUGACAGUGCAAUGCUGAUGCUGGCUGCAGAAAGUGUUGCAGCAAAAAGCUCCACUACGUUCCUGUCCUCUCGUAUAUAUGAUCAGGAAAAGGAAUGCUCCCUUGACCUAAAAGGAGUGUAUGAUUGUGUAUAUAGAUAUAUUUUUAAUUAAAGUACUACUGCUAAUAUAAUUGGUGAAAUAAAGCUUAAAAGCCUUUAUGGGAGCCCCAAACAGGAUAGGCUUGAGGGUUAGAAAAUCCAUAAUCAUGGGGCAUCCGAAUGUUGAAUAAUUAAGACGAGUCUCUUUGCUACUCUUUGAAAUACGAAUGAAUUAAUGAGCACAAAGGAUGCCCACACCUACUUUAGCUACAUGACUAAUAUGCAAAAGUUCUGUCUUGUCCAGUUGGUUGGGUUUUUUCAAUGCAAAUGUAAAAGCCUUAUUUAAAAUAAGUAACUUACAGUGAUCAUUUCACUCCUGUUCUUGCACUACCUUAUCCCAUGGCCGUGGUUGGUAACAGAGCACUAUCCCAUGUGACAGUGCCAGGGAACGGGAAGGUGUUUGUCCCUCUCCCGUCCUGCCCAACGGAAAAGGUGCAGUUUAGAAACUGGUAAGCACACUGUUCUGAACACUGCCAUUUACUGCUUCUUGUCUUCCCAUCGAUGCACUCCUGUAUUUAUUUGUACAGUAAAUUAUGCACUUAAAAGAUUGAUGAAAGGCCAAACCUUUGUGGUGAGUUGCUAUCAGAUGUGCCCAAGCCCUGGAUGGCGCUGAGGGCUGGAAGGGAAUGCAGAGGAAGCUGACAUUGCUGCUCCGUGCUGAAAUUACAUCCAGUUGUCAAAAGCCAUCAAAUAAAUUCCUUAUGGAAACAGUGAGGGUUUCAGAAGGAUCAUUCAUAGCACAGGGAGACUCAGAGAGGGUGAAAUGAUGAUGGAAAACAAUGCAAAACCAAAAAACUCUUGUUUUCCAAAGAACCUGUGUUGUGGUGCCAUGAGAUCCCACUGGCAGGAUCUGUAGCCUGCCUUGGAAAACUGUUUUGCCCUUUGGGUCCCUUGAAGAAGAGCUCGGGCUGAGGGCUCUGCAGGGUACAGGCAGCUCCCGGGAGGUGCAGCACCGAGUGGAGAGAAUCCCCAUCAGAGCAGGUACGCAGAUGUUAGUUGCUAGCUGUGUUAGGAGGAAGCAGAAACAAGAUUUAGAAGUUACAAAGAGAGCUGCGUAAUGACUCGUUGUGUCGUUUGGAAAGCUCACCUUCCAGUUCUGGUGUUGAGCCCACAGGCUGCCCGUCGCAGCAGCCGCAUCGCUGCAGAACCGCAUCUGGCUCAAGAUGCAUAUGAGUUUCCUUUUAAACUUCCCCCCGUUGCAUGGAAUUACUUUAAAAUGCCAAAUAGUUGAUUAGAAGUUGUACAUUCUGAUCUGUAUGUGGUUUUGGUCACUGUGUGACUGGACUGUCUGCUUUCCUCUGUUAAGGUAGGUUCCAGUUCACCCAAGCAUUUAAGCGUGCGUUUUCUGACAUCUCUGUUCCACAAAACAUUCGAGUCCCGUAGGUUCUUUGUCGUUGAAGCAAUCCCUUAAGUGCUUUGCUGAAUUGGGCCUUAAUGAAGAAUGCAUACUGUAAUUACCAGUGUUUUUUAGGGUAUUUUUACGUAUCAGUUUUUAACCUUUUGAGACGAGCCUGACCAGCUGCGUUCAGUAUUUGGAACUGUUUCCGUUCCCCUCGUACCAUCGGUUAAUGUAAAGCUACAGGAACUUUUCUGUAGAACCAAAUUGUAUUUAAUUUGUCAAAUCUUUAUAAUAUAUGUAUGUAUUAUACAGUUUGGGCUAUUAUUAUUUUGUUUAAUGACGUUUCUAAUUUGAUCUUGCUGUGUUCUCAACGCCGGUGAAUGUUGCUGAAUUAUUUGUAUAUGCAAAUUGCAAGAUCUAAUACAUUCUGAUGCAAGAACAAAGCUUCCUUUCUGUUCUCG